AUGGCAGAAGUCCAAGCCCGCGGAAGCGGCACGAGAGGCCGAGGUGGCUUCAGAGGUGGCAGAGGCGGUUUUAGAGGAGGUCGCAAUCCUAGCAGAUCACAACACAAGGCAGACAAUGAGCAGGAGAACAUUCCCCCCACCUCAUUCGAAGAUCAGGGCGAAGUCGGCGAAUUGAAGAAGAAAUUCGGAGACAAAGUCCCAUUGCUGAAAGAGAUUUGUCCGGGUUGGAGCGAUGAAGAUCUUGUUUACGCGCUGCAAGAGACUGAUGGUGACCUUGACGCUGCUGUGGACCGGAUCUCCAGUGGUACUAUCUCACAAUGGGGCGAAGUCAAGAAGAAACAUCCCAAGCCGAAAGAAACCCCUGUCGCGACGACCGACUCGAGCACACGAGGCCGUGGACGCGGUGCCUUUGAAGGUCGAGGAAGAGGGCGCGGCGCAGAGCGCGGCGCUCGAGGCGGCCGUGGUGCAAAAUCAGUCGCAGCACACACGAACGGUACCAAGAAGACGGACGAGUGGGACACUGGCGCUUCGGCUCAAGCUGCUGAAGUCGCUGCUACCUGGGACAGUGCUCCGGCCAAUGGUGACGCAACGACGGCGAAUGAAGACUGGGCGAAUGAGCCGGGCAAAGAUUCUUUGGCAUCUCUACAAACCGAAGAACCCAAGCCUGCGUCUGCAGCGGCGCCGUCUACAGUCAAACCCGGAGGGUGGGCAGGAUUGUUUGCCAAACCGGCACCGGCACCGGCACCCAAGAAGGCCCCUGCACCACCACCCCCUACAGCGCAACCAGAGCCAACCCUGAAUGAGCCUGAACCUUCUAUCCAAGAGUCUGCUCCGACUGAGCCAAUCUUGCCUCCACCGAUUGAGGCCGCGCCGAGUGAGGGAGGACCAAGUGAGCUGCCUUCUGCACCUCAUUCUGAGACAGGAAAAGAUCUGACACCGCCCAAAGAUGAACUCACCGAGCAGAAUCUGGAGAAGUUGCCUGACACAUCCCGUCCACCUCCCUCUGCGACUGCUGCUAGUACCGUCGCAAGUACUCAAGAUCCGCUCGCCCCUACCGAGUCCGCCAAGCCUUCCAUCCGACCAGGUAUGUCUGGCUAUGCUGCCACCGCCCUGAAGGCCACCUCCGGAACUGGUCGAACUGCCAGCUACGCCAGGAAGGUCAUGGAGCAACAAGAGGCAGUCGUCAUGCCGGGCCAUCAUGCAGUUGAGAAGGCGGCUGUUCAAUUUGGCAAGUUGGGACUGGGCAGCCCUGAUGAUAUCGACGUGGAUGAGGACCGAGAGGAGCCCGAGACACGAACUCAGCUUCCAGAUGACUCGCCCGCCGCACCCCGAGCCUCCUUGCCGCCAUCUCUCCCCGAACUCCAACAAGGACCAGGUGCUCCGCCGACCCAACCCGCAGCCGAUAUCCAAGCAGCCUUCGGCCGACAAGCUGCACCAGGUCUCCCUCCUGCACCACAGCACCCGCAAGAGCCAUCUCCGCAGUCCGCUUCGGCAUACGCCGAUCAAUAUCGUUACGGCCAAGGUCAGAAGCCCUAUGAUCCUUUCGGCCAACAACCUCCGACCGCACCGCCUCAGACACAGUCUCAAGAACCCUUCUCCAACCAAGUCCCAACUCAGCCUGGUGCAGCUGCCUCGCAAAAUGACUAUGCCGCCUACUAUGGACGUGAUGCGUACAACUACUACGGCGCUUACGGUCAAGGACAGGACGCGCAGCGGGUUGGAAGCAGCUUCGGUACUUCGGCUCCUGAAGCACAAGCUCAAUAUGCCACCUCGCGUCCUCAGCAAGCAAUGGGUCAACAGGAUGCUCCGGGCAGUGGAAACAACACUCCUGCGCCUGGUGUGCCUGCUCACCACGCUCAACAUUCUGGUCAUGUGCAACAAAACCAAGGUCCAGGAUAUCCGGGCUACGGCUAUCCCAACGCUUACAGUCAACAAUACCCCCAGUACGGCGCAUCCUACAUGAACCAAGUGAACCAACGCUAUGGCACGAGCCGUCCUAUGUUUGAUGAUGUCCGUCGUCAAGACAGCGACUACUACGGCAGCCAAUACAACUAUGCGCAGAACCACUAUGGCAGCGGAUACAAAUCCAACAUGUACGCUCAACCUCAGCAGGGUUACUCUUAUGACCAGGCUUCGUCGCCUGCCAAUGCCAACACUUUUGGCCGAGAAGCUGGGUAUGGACGUAGCGGGUCUGCUCAACCUUCCGAGGCUCAACAGAGUGCGGCGACGAGCACCGGCUUCGGUGGCGUUCCGGACCCUUUCGGCCGGACGUCUUCUGGUUUUGGACAGGCUCAACAGCAAGUUGCUGCUCAUUCCGGUGGUGAGGAUCCUAGCAAGGCAGCUGGCCCGAGUCCUUCCAUGCAAGGUGGUCGGCCUACUUCUGCUGUGAACAGUUUCCCAGGUCAAGGUGUUUUGCCUCCGCCAUCCCAGCACUCUGGUCAACAGGCAUUCGGCGGGUAUCCUCAGUAUGCUGCUGGCUUAGGCUCUGUGGGCGGACAUCAAAACACUCAUCAGCAGAACACUGGGUACGGUGGAUAUGGAUCCAACACUGGGUUUGGCAGUUAUGGUGGUUACGGCGGUGGCCGAGGAUGGAACAACAGCUAUGGCUCCGGCCAUUAG